AUGCCAAUCAUCCGGCCCGCUGGAUACGUCUACUCUGGGCUCGCCAUAACGUGGCCGGCGGCAGCAUUGGUUGGACUGCUCUUUAGCGUGGGCACUGGCAAGGAUACUGAACUUGAUUGGCACGAGGCUGCGCCUGAGCACAGAAUCAACGCGAUGCCGUCAACGGAUGAGGUAAUGCGAGGUCCUGGUUCGGAGUCGGCGGAGCCAGCAAAGGAGGAUGCGGAGGGGGGUGGGGCGCGGGAAGAGCAACGGGAUGCGCGACGAGUGGUGCGCAAGGUGAAAAUGGGCGGCCCCAAACCGUGCGACGUGUGCGCGCGUGACGUCGACCUGCUGGUGCGCUGCCAGGCCGACGCAAGCAAUCAGCAGUGGAGGAUGGUGUGUGGCCGCUGCUGGAAGGCGGUCGCAAAGCAGAAUCCACACUAUCGGUACGGCGGGCUGUGGCGCCGCGCUCGAUGA